UUCAUUUGAAGAACAGCACCCAAGAGAUGAACGAGCUGAAUAUAUUAUUUCUCCACAAUAUUUUCCACCACACAUACAACAACUAACAAACGAACGAGAUUCUACUGCGCAUUAUUCUUUACCAAUCUCUAUGCCUUUAUCAUGCAAUAAUACUAAGAAUGUUCAAUAUAUUAAUUACGAUUUUAAUGAACAAAUUCCUUCUGUUGUUCAUGAUUCACCGACACUAAUUCCACAUUAUAUAGACGAUAACAAUAAUUAUGAUUGUAUUAUUCCCACAACACAAUAUACUACAUCAUGUUCUAUCCCUAUGCAACAACAUAUCAAUGAUGAUUCAAUCUCACAAUAUUCUUCACAACCCUCCACUCUUACACAACCAUUUAACUAUAACGAUGCUGAAACGCAACAAUUUUACGAUAAGAAUCCGCAACAACCUUUUUUGAAUCUUCCUUUACCGUGUGAAGAUUCUAAUAUUAUCUUUAGAUUCGAAAUUCCUGGACUUGAAAUCAUUAUUAAUCCUUCAACUUUCACAAAUGAUUAUAUUAUUGAUGAUCCAAACUCACAAUAUUCUUCACAACCACAACACUAUAUCCAUAGUAAUGAUGAAACGCAUCAAAUUUACGAUAAAAAUCAGCACCAACCUAUUUUGAAUCCUUCUUUUCCGCAUGAUAAUUUACAUGUUAAUUCUCAUACAUAUAGGUUUGAUAUCCCUGGAUUUAAUAUCACUAUUAAUCCUUCAACUUAAAUUCUGUUUUUCAACAGUUAUAUACGGUAGUUUAAUUAAUAUAAAGAAAAAAUCAUAAUUCUUUUUCGAUAUCCUUGUCUA